CAGUUAUUUUUUAGUGAUGGACCGCCCGCGCAUACUCAUGCACGUUUAUGCGUCCCGAUAUAAAACGCAUUAAAAAUGCGCGCGCCGUUACUGGGAAAAACACUUUUCUGUGUUUCAAACGUGGCCGUGUUAGUUUUCGUGUUAUAUUCACUCACAGAUUUCACCAAAAUAUCCCUAACAAAGUACAACGACACCGUUAUAGCGUCUGUCAAUAAUAUAAAAGAUUCAAACUCUGAAAAUAGAACUGUGUUAAAGUAUAUACUGCAAUGGACUUCGCCUCGGAACGUGCCUUUCAACAGCAUGGGUGUCGGUCAAGAAGGAUUCAUAAGCAGGAACUGUUCUUACAAAAACUGUUUCGUCACAGGAGACAGAAAAUACCUCGGCGAUGUGACUAAAUUCGACGUAAUCGUAUUUGCCGGGCCAGAAGUCGUAACGCUUCCGAGUUUUUAUUUGCCUCAAAGCAGAGCGCAUCACCAAAAGUACGUUUUUGCGUCAAUAGAAUCAUCUGGCUACUACCCAGUUUGUUCAAAUAGAUUCGACGGGUUUUUCAAUUGGACGUGGACUUUCAGACUGGACUCUGACGUGCGAUGGGGUUACAUGCUUGUAAAAGAUGCGGAGAACAAUAUAAUUGGUCCAAACAAAAUUAUGCAUUGGAUGAAAUUGGAAGAUAUGAGUCCUGUGAGUGAGGAGUUUAAACAGAAGUUGAAGACUAAGAAGAAAGCAGCAGCGUGGUUUGUUUCGAAUUGCUUCGACAGAUCUGGCCGCUUCGAAUUUGCUGAAAAACUGAAAUAUAAACUGAAAUCGUACAAUCUUAUGCUUGAUGUAUACGGAAAAUGUGGACAACUGUCGUGCCCACCAUCAGAACAUGAGAAAUGUCUUAAAAUGCUUGAUGAAACGUACUAUUUCUACUUAUCUUUCGAGAAUUCGUUUAGUGAAGACUAUGCUACAGAGAAGUUACUAAUGGCACUACAAAACAAUGUUGUGCCUAUAGUCUACGGUGGAGCUAAUUAUACAAGAUUCAUGCCCUACGGGAUCUACCUGAAUGCUAAAGAGCUGGGCGUGACAGCUCUUGCAGCAAAGAUGGCUGAAAUCAUCAAGAACCCGGAACAGUACGCCAACUUCUUCAGGUGGAAGAACCACUACUCCUACCACAGCAAGCAUGAGAUUCCAGAAACGAAUGAGUAUUGUAAGAUGUGCGAGCUGUUAAAUAAUGAAGAAAAGUUGAAGAAGACUAGCAUUAUAAGUAAUUUUAAAGACUGGUGGGACAGCCCUAACAUGUGCAAUAGAUCUUUGUUUUAAGUAUUGCUUCAACCACACCAACGCGUGCAGAUCGCCAUUGCCAGUACGAUCACGGCGUGAUCAUAGGCCAAUGACAGGUCGCGCGGACUGUUCGUGGGUCGCGCGGAUUGUUCGUGGGUCGCGCGGACUGUUCGUGGGUCGCGCGACCUGUCAUUGGUCUAUGAUCGCGCCGAUGGCGAUCUGCACGCGUUGGUGUGGUUGAAGCUUAUAACAUAACUUUCAAUUAGGUAGUCGGCACCAUUUACUGCUUUUCUAAAAUAAUACUACAAUAAUUCUAGUCCUGAAAACCAAAUUACAUUUUCAAAGCUAGAUUUUUAGUUGCUUCAAAUUAAAUAAGUUGUUCCCCAAAUUGGUAAACAAGUGACGUCACAGUUUGUGCAUUGCCACGCGAAAUCUGUGGUAAAAUCACGUUUUGACCGUUUAAAAAGUAUCUCAAGGUGGCGUCAGAUAACCUAAUGUGUAGGUAUUUAUUAAUGUCUUUUGAUAUUAUUGCACAAUUAUAAUACAAAUUAUUUAGGUACACUUUUGUUAAGUAUUUAUGUGAUUUUGACUAGGUAUCAUUGUAAAUCAAUUAAUCCAUCAAUACUACAUUUGGGUUACAGUGUGGGUUCACAACUAAGUCUGAGUUGCACCAUCUUAAUACAUAAUAAUAUAACAAAUGUCAAAAAUCUGUCAAAAUAAAUCACCGGCUAUUUUUAAACUUACAGUUAAAGUAAUUUGGUAUAACUCAGCCUAAGUCAGGCGACAUGCAGAUUUAUGUCACCUUCGUUCCACUUGACUCUUUUCAACACACCAGGCAUUUGACUCUACUUAAUCAUAAGAGCUUUGUCGCUCCUUCAAAUUCCAUAGCAAUCUCGCUAACAUAAGUACCCAAAAUGUUGUGAGAACUAUAAAUUAUGAAUUGUUUCCUAUAAUAAUAAUAUUUGUGUCCUGAGAAUGGUUUCCUGUAAUAAAUAAAAAGUUGUCUUUUAA